UGCCUGAAGAUGGAAACACUUGAGUCUGAGCUGACCUGUCCAAUCUGUCUGGAGCUUUUCGAGGACCCGCUGCUGUUGCCCUGCGCUCAUAGCCUUUGUUUCAACUGCGCCCAUCGAAUCCUGGUCUCCCAUUGCACCCCCAGCGAGCCUAUUCAGUCUAUCAGCGCCUUCCAGUGCCCAACCUGUCGCUAUGUCAUCACCCUCAACCAGCGGGGCCUAGAGGGACUCAAACGCAACGUGACCCUGCAGAACAUCAUCGACCGGUACCAGAAAGCUUCCCUGAGUGGAUCUAACUCUCCGAACGAGACUCGCCGAGAACGAGUCGUCCCCGACAGCAAAGCCAUGACAUCUCCCUCUGACCGGGUGCAGUGUCAGUUCUGCGAGCAGGACCCGCCGCAGGAAGCCGUGAAGACCUGCGUCACCUGCGAGGUGUCGUACUGCGAGGAGUGCCUCAAGGCCACCCAUCCGAACAAGAAGCCAUUCACGGGCCACCGACUGAUCGAGCCCUUGCUGGACUCUCACCUGCGAGGGCUCAUGUGUCUGGAGCACGAGGAUGAGAAGGUCAACAUGUACUGUGUGACGGACGAGCAGCUGAUCUGUGCUUUGUGUAAGCUCGUUGGCCGACAUCGAGACCACCAAGUAGCAGCCCUCGCAGAUCGAUACGACAAACUGAAGCAAGCUUUGGAUUCCAACCUCAGUAAUCUAAUCAAGAGGACCAGUGAAUUGGAAAGCUUGAUGGGGAAGCUUAUCCAAACCUGCCAAAACGUGGAGGUAAAUGCAUCACGACAAGAAAACAAGCUGCUGGAAGAGUGUGACCUGCUGAUUAAUAUCAUACAGCAGAGGAAACAAGUCAUAGCGACGAAGAUAAAGGAGGGGAAGGCCAUGAGGCUGAGGAAGCUAGCGCAACAAAUUGCCGGCUGUAAGCAGUGCAUCGAGAGGUCCUCCUCCCUCAUCACUCAGGCCGACCAAACCCUCAAAGAGAGCGACCACGCCCGUUUCCUUCAAACAGCUAAAAGUAUCUGUGAGAGAGUGUCGAUGGCCACAGCAUCAUCACAAAUACUGUUACCAGAAAUAAACCUAAAUGACGCCUUUGAUACGUUUGCUUUGGACUUCACGAGGGAGAAGAAAAUGCUAGAAAGUUUAGAUUACUUAACAGCACCAAAUCCACCAGUAAUUCGUGAGGAACUUUGCACGGCCUCGUAUGACACGAUCACAGCUCACUGGACAUCAGAUGAUGAAUUUUCUGUUGUAUCAUAUGAACUUCAGUACGCCAUCUUUACCAGCCAAUCUAAUGUUGUCAGCUUGUGUAACUCUGUGGAUAGCUGGAUGAUUGUCCCAAACAUCAAGCAGAAUCAGUACACCGUGCACGGACUCCAGAGUGGCACCAAGUACAUUUUCAUAGCGAAGGCUAUAAACCAGGCUGGAAACCGCAGCAGUGCUCCAGGGAAACUCAAGACCAACAGUCAGCCAUUUAAACUGGACCCAAAGUCUGCUCACCGGAAGCUGAGAGUGUCCCAUGACAACCUCACGGUGGAGAGGGAUGAGACAUCGUCCAAGAAGAGCCACAGUCAGGACCGCUUCUCCAGUCACAGCAGCUACGGCGUCACGGGAAAUGUCUACAUUGACAGCGGCCGCCAUUACUGGGAGGCUCUGAUAGGAGGCAGCACAUGGUUUGCCGUGGGGGUUGCAUACAAGUCGGCACCAAAACACGAGUGGGUCGGCAAAAACUCAGCCUCCUGGGUGCUGUCCCGCUGCAACAACUCAUGGGUGGUACGGCACAACAGUAAGGAGGUCCCCAUCGAGCCUUCACCGCACCUUCGGCGUCUCGGAGUGCUGCUGGAUUACGAUUUGGGAUCUCUGUCGUUCUACGACGCUGUUGGCUCUCUGCACUUGCACACAUUCGACAUCAGCUUCGCUCAGCCAGUCUGCCCAGUGUUCAACGUGUGGAACAGAUGUUUGACAGUCCUCAGUGGACUGCCCAUCCCAGAUUACUUGGAGGAUACAGACUACAACCACUGACAAACCAUUUCCUACUUGAUAUUUUUUU